UUCCCAUAAACACAUCUGGCUGACCUUCCUCAUUAGUAAUGUCUCGCUGGCUUUCGAUAUUGUACAUAGUGCCUACGUCGUGUAUCCUACUUGGGGCUGCGCCAGUCUCAACAACGAACAUUAUAUACCACGUUACACGACAGAGUAAUGAUUACUCACCCUUCGGCCUCAUUCUCGACGUUCUUCAAGACUAUGUGUCCGCAUUUCCCUCGCAGUUAACAUUUUCCAUAAUGCUCACGAUGUUGUUCCCCAUGGACUGUGUAUUGUAGAAGGACAAAAGAAUAGAGAAACGUGGCCGAGUCGUGCCUUGUGUUUUUCGAGUGUGCGCGAUUUAGUAGGUUGGCAUGAUUGUGUACGGAAGAAAAAUUAUGGGGUGGAUGACUUAGCUCCUUUCGCAUACUGGUACAUAUGCUUCUAUCAAUCUAACGUCCACAAGUC